AUGGUCAGACGUAAAUUGAAAAAAUCUUUUGUAAAGGAUACGUCCGAACCUUCGAAAAAGAUGCAUUAUACAAAAACUCCCGGUACUCCUAAAUCAAGUACAAGACGACAUGUGACAUGCGAUUGUAAUUUAUGUAAAGGUCGUAAAGUUGAUCCAUGUAUAAAAGAAUCGCAUAUGAGAAAAAGAGAAUUACCAAUAAGAGGGGAAUCUUCUAAUAUAGUGGUCGAGGAAGGUGCAAACCAAAUAAAUGUUUCAGAUGAUUCUGUGGAUGUAGAUAUCGAUGGUGUUGAUAGUGAAAAUAAUGAUUCUAGCGCUGAAAAAACACAAUUUAGUCAUAGUAGAAUUGAUUUUCCAUUGGCUGUAACCGAACAGUAUAAUAGUGAUGAAGACCGAAAUGUCAAUGAAGACAUAUAUUCUAAAUCCGGUUACGAUGAUAAAGAUUUUGAUGUACACAAUGCAGAUAUUAAUCAAGGAUUUACGUGGAUCGUAUAUUGGAUCUUUAAAUUUCAAGAGAGAAAUCGGUUGUCUGAUACGGCCACCAAUGCUCUUAUAAAAUUUAUGAGAUAUUUGUUGGUCUUAAUUGAUACAGAUUCAUAUUCAAAGUUCCCGACAUCUUUAUAUAUGGCACGCAAAUUAUUUGGUAUCAGUGAUCAAAUAAUUGAAUACGCAACUUGCAAAAAAUGCUGCAAAUUAUAUGCGGUAAAAGAUCUGCCAGCCGAUAGACCCUAUCAUUGUACGUUUCAAGAUUACCCAAAUAAUCUGAUGACCAGCUUAAGAUCCCCUUGUAAUGAUAUCAUUACAAAGCAGAUACCUACGAACAAAGCAAAAGAUGUAAAACAUAAAGCAGGAGUGGAUUCAGAAGCUUUUCCAGAAAUACUACUUAAACCAACAAAACAAGCAGAUUUACCGUUAAAAGUGUUGGAAUUAUUGGUCAAGUACUAUCAAAGCGCAUAUGAUUGUUCUUUCGUAUCAUUAUCAAAUAUUCAUAAUUCAACAUCAGAUUCAAGAGUAGUAUUAUCAAAAGUAAAAUAUUUUGGUAGAUUAAGGAUAGGAGCUGAAGUCAUUGGUUCAACAUAUUCGUUAAUAGAAAUCAUUGCCAUAUCAGUUUAA